ACGCGGAAAUCUAAAAACGCAUCCGUUUUUUUUCUACACCCGGCAUGUAAAUACUACUUUGUUGCGCUUUGCAUAGAUAACGCUAACUCAGAUUUAAUGUUAAAAACUGCUCAUGUAGAUGUGUCCGAACCGUGCAGCACUUUAAUAUUGGUUGAAAGCUUGCUUGCUAGUGGCUGAAGCGUUUGUCCUGAUAUGAAACUGUCUGAAUUGAUCGGCUGAGAUGCUGUCCACCGGUCCAGAGCUGCGGCUACUGCGGCUAUUGUCUUGUGUAACUCUUGUUUUACUUUUUCAAGUCACCGGCGCCAAGAGGGAUUCAAGCGCCUGUUCUACCUGUCGGCAAAUUACUGAUAACUUCAACAAGGGCUUUGACAGAACAGCAAAGCAGAACUUUGGCGGAGGCAACACAGCCUGGGAAGAGAGAAAACUGUCCAAAUAUGAGACAAGCGAGAUUCGUCUGAUGGAGAUCGUGGAGGGGCUGUGUGACAGCAGCAGCUUUGAGUGCAACCGCAUGCUAGAGGAGCACGAAGACCAUUUUGAAACUUGGUGGUUCAAGAGGAAAACAAAACACCCUGAUCUACAUAAAUGGUUCUGCAUUGAAACCAUCAAAGUGUGCUGUCCAAAGGGAACAUUUGGACCAGACUGCAAUGCCUGUGUGGGGGGCUCUGACAGACCUUGUCAUGGAAACGGAAUGUGUGAUGGCGACGGGACUCGUGGAGGGAACGGAAAGUGCAGCUGUGACCACGGUUACAAAGGGGAGUUCUGCCUGGACUGCAUCGACGGCUACUUCAACGAAGUGAGGAACGACACUUUCUCUCUGUGCACAGAGUGCCACUCCUCCUGCAAAACCUGCACCGGAGCCACCAAUCAGGAUUGUGAUGAGUGCAAGGAAGGCUGGGAGGAGGAUGACCAGGAAGCUUGUGUUGAUGUAAACGAGUGCUCCAAUGACUCCUCUCCAUGUAAAGAAGAUGAAUACUGCCUCAACACAGAAGGCUCCUACUCCUGCAAGGCCUGUGACAAAGUGUGCUCCGGCUGCACUGGAGACGGUCCAGAUAAGUGCCAGGCUUGUGCCAGCGGGUACCAAGACACAGAGGGCAUCUGCACAGAUAUCGACGAGUGUUCCCAGCCAGAGCCAGUAUGCACUGAGCAGCACCGGGAGUGUGUCAACACUAAAGGCAGCUAUGAGUGCAUCUGCUCGAGUGGCUACGAGGAGCAAGAUGGCGAGUGUGUCCAAACGCUGCAGCCAGAAAAAGUGGAGGGGUCUGGAGCAUCCGAGACGACCACAAGUCCACAUGGGGAGCUUUGAUGUUAAAAACUGGGACCAAUGGGAGCAAAUCAGGAAGGGUUGGAAUUUCUGCACAUCUGAAGCCGCUCAUUUUUAAAUUGUCAACUACAUGCACUUAAUUUACCAGCUGCACUUAGAAUCAACAAAAGCUUUCCAGCAGUGGAUCAUGGAUUAAAGGACAAAAAAAAGAGACAUUUUUUGCUCUCAGUAUGCUGGUCAUUGUUGCUUUUCUCUGGUGUGCUCAAACUACCACUUGUUGUCUUUAUUUGUUGUAUGGUUUUUAAAUGGAAGGUGUUUCAAUAAAGGUGAGUUUAACAUAAA